AUGUUUCGGCCGGCGUUCAGGACAGCAGUAAUCGCGCGAUCGAUACCCAAAGCGCCGACGGGGAGGCGAUUCGCAAGCAGCACGACACGACGAACAGGGACGUGGAAAGGUGCAGCAUUGAGAUGGACGGCCGCAGGCGCCAUUGUGUACUACUACAACACUUCGACCAUAUUCGCAGAUGAGCCACAUCGCGCACCACACGCUGCUCCAUUGGACACUACCAGCGGAUCCGAAACCUAUUCAACCGUGGACUCAAUAGCAGAGCAGAGGAGGGCACAGGCACGGUCACAACUCGAGGCUUCCCAAGCGAGCCCGGUGCCUGCAUCACAAACACCAAACAAUGGCGAACAGCCCGCGAAUGGAGGUCCUGAAGCACUGGAGGAGGAAGCAGAGCAGCAGGGUGCUUUCAACGAAGAGACGGGCGAAAUCAACUGGGACUGUCCUUGCUUAGGUGGUAUGGCACAUGGACCUUGCGGAGAGCAGUUCAGGGCUGCUUUCAGCUGCUUCGUAUUCUCCAAGGAGGAACCAAAGGGCGUGGACUGUAUCGAGCACUUUAAGACGAUGCAAAAUUGCUUCCGCGAGCAUCCAGACAUAUAUGGCGCGGAAUUGGACGAUGAUGAGGUCGCAGAGGUUCAGGCUGAGGAGGAACGCGCACGAAGUGCUCAGUCUGGCGAGCCUCAAUCAGCAGCCGCAGGCGCGCAAGGCGGCCAGGAAGUGCUUCUGAAGGAGGAGAUCAAGAAGGAUAUUCUCGAUGCAAAGGACGAGCUCACAAGCAAGGCCAGCAUCGCGAAGGACGAGCUUGUAAGCAAGGCGUCGGAGGCAAAGGAUGAGUUCGUGGACAAGGUCACGAAGUAA